UUCAUGGACCCAAACCCUCGGCUGUCCGUCCCUCUGUAACGGGCUGCAGCGGGUGAACCAUCCUGGACACAAACCUGGGACGUUUUGCUUUUUCUUCUGUCGCUGCUUUUCCCAGGCGUCAUGUCUUUUGGCACCAACAUAAAAGCUGGCUUCUCCGUGCGGGACAUCCUGGAUCUGCCAAACCCGAACGCGAGAUGCGGCUCCGGGACCGAGGAGACCGAGGAAGACGAGACCGAGGAGGCCUCCGCGGAGGUUUCAGGGUCGGAAAACGCGAGUUUGUGCGAGCGCGGAAGCUUCGGCAGGUGGAGCCGCGGAUCCGGUAACCUGCACUUCUCCUUACACGGUCUGUCCUUAGAGGCCCAUACCGAGUCCAAAUCUCCCGAGCUCUUCACGGACGAGUCUCCGGACGCAGAGGGAGACCCGGCGCGCAGCGCGUCGCAGAAGAGCCGCAGCAGGAAGCGGCGGGUGCUCUUCUCCAAAGCGCAGACCUUGGAGCUGGAGCGCCGCUUCCGGCAGCAGCGCUACCUCUCCGCCCCGGAGAGGGAACACCUGGCCGGGCUGAUCCGCCUCACCCCGAACCAGGUGAAGAUCUGGUUCCAGAACCACCGCUACAAGAUGAAGCGGGCCAGGGUCGAGCACAGCUUGGAGGCGCUGCAGCUGCUGCCGGCCCGUCGGGUCGCCAUCCCGGUUCUGGUGCGGGACGGGAAGCCCUGCGACCGAAUCAUAGCGGGGGACCUGGAGACGACUCUAAGGUCCGGUCUGAGCCUGCCUCUGUGUGCCUAUUCCCCGCUGCUGCAUCCCGCUUAUGGCCCGGGGCACCCCGGGAUGCCGCAGCAGCACGCAGGAGUGCAGCAGCUGGCGCACAUGUACCACUGGAGCUGGUGAAGCCCGAGACAAACUUUCAUGGAUACAAUUCAUAAGACGUCCACGUUACAACCUGGUGUUCGCCUUAAAAUUAUUGUUUUUCUUCGCAGAAUCGGCUCUUUUUUGAAUGGAGUUUGGUAAAUAUCAGGAUCUGUAUUUCACAGAAAGAUAAUAAAGGAUGUGUCUUGAAACAAGGCAAAACAAAACAAGAAAAUUUAAAUCUUAAAGUUGAAGCACAAGUACUUAUAUUCUAUCAAUUUUCCCUGUCGGUUUCUGUUUUCAACCUUUCAUCCAGAUUGUAGGACAUUUACUCCUGUAAUGGCGAAAUUCCCUAAAAAAAGAUCCUUUCAUAUCUGGCACAACCUGGAGAAGUUGCUGUUUUUCAUUUUUAUCACACAAAAGCUUUUCCCCUCUCCCGACGCGCAAAACGUCUAAAACUACAGAGCUUGUUGUUUAAUACGUGAAAGAAAAAGAAUGAAGUGGAACUGAUGGUCAAACAGAUCAAACCAAACGUUUUCCUGUUGUUGUUGUUGUUGUUGUUGUUAUCGUUGUGUUUUUCUGCAAAAGUGUCACUUUUAUCUCGCGACUGUUUCCGUGAGUUUUAUAAAUCUAUUUAUAUGUUGACCGGUGAGUUGUUUUGUAAUAAGCUGGAUAUUUAUGA